AGGCGUUGCUCGUCGCUCUCGCUGGGAGCUGACUAGAGGAAGGGAAAAUGGCGGAUCUCGAAGACGUUACGCUGGACGGGAGACCGCUCCAGUCCCUUCGAGUGGCGGAUUUAAAAGCAGCCCUGGAGGAGAGAGGGCUGUCGAAGAGCGGCCACAAGAAUGCACUCAUCAAGAGGCUGAAGGGGGCUCUCAUGCUGGAGAAUCUGCAGAGGACCUCCACCGCUCACAUCGGACUGCAGCCAAACUCGCAGAUUGGAGAGGAAAUGAGCCAGAACAGCUUUAUCAAGCAGUAUCUGGCUAAACAACAGGAGCUUCUGAGGCAGCGGCUGGAGAGAGAGGCUCGUGAAGCAUAUGACACAAAUGACCAAGAGGACCACACAGAAGUUAACAACAGUACACCAUGCGCUCCUCAACCCCAGGAUGCCACGCCAGCACUGGCGGAGCAGCACAAGCCCCCCGGCCCCUCCGGUGGAGACGGGUUGUUUGGUGCAGCCAAUGAGAGCAACAGGAACCAGGAGGCCGACAUGUCCGGCCCUCCCGCCUCCGGCUCUGUGGCCAUGCGCGUUCCUGGUGGCGACCACCGGACGGAGAGAGGGUCCGCCUCCAACGAAGUCCCCGCCGACAGCGACGACGACGACAGCGAGGAUGGCGAGGAGGACGCUGACGACGACGACUGGGAGAGCAGCGCUCGGAGGAGGAGCCACAGAGAGCCGGCCCGAGUGCCCACAACCAGAGAGAGGUCUGGAGCAUCCUGCCAGCCCCCACAGCAACACAUGCCCUCCCUACUGUCCCCGCAACUCCGCCAGCCAACACCUCCUCCCUCCCCACCUCCAGAGUUAUCAUUCCCCUUGCCCGACACCCCUAAACAGAGCCCCCCUAGUCCAGAUGUAGCCCCGGCUAGGCGCUCCUCCAGCACCUCUAGCUCUGGUUCCUCCAGCAGCGGCAGCCGCAGUAGCAGCCCAGAGCCACAGAGGGGCGGACACGCCGAGCGCAAGCCAGGCCCGCUGACCCUUCUCGCCCGUAAAAUGGAGUCAGAAGGUGCUUUCUCUGGAGUCGGUUGGCACCGCGGUGGUGUGGAAGGUGACGGCAGCGCUCCGGCUACAUCAUUUCCUGGCCGAGGGCCUCCAGAGGGUCUGGUAUCUGCCAUCACUCACACCGCCAACACUGCAGGCCACGUGUCAUUUCCCAUGAUUCCAGGCACCAACCAGGGUAUCACAGGAGCACAUUUGGCCCAUAUGCAAUUACCUGUGAGUGUGCUCAAAGCCACUGAAACAGAAGAGAGGGACAGAGAGAGGGACUCUGAGAUAGAAAGAGAAAGGGCCCUCGAGCUGGAAAGGCAAGAGAAGCAGAGGAAACUUGAGGAAGAGCGGGAGAGAGAGAGAGCUCUGGAGAAAGAGAGACUCGAACGACAGCAGGCCUUAGAAAGGGAAGAGCGGGAGAAGGCUUUGCAGCGGGAAAGAGAACUCGCUCUAGAGCGAGAGAGGCAGGAGAGGGAACUCGCUUUGGCUAAAGAGCGGGAAGAACGAGAGCAAGCCUUAGCAAGAGAGAGGGCCCUGGAGCUGGAGAGGCAGAAGGAGCUAGAGAGGCAGAAGGAGCUGGAGAGACAGAGGGCCUUGGAGCUAGAGAGGCAGAAGGAGCUGGAGAGACAGAGGGCCCUGGAGCAAGAACGUCUGCAGAGAGAAAAGGAGGAGAGGGAGAAGCGAGAGAGGGAAGAAAAGGAGAGAGCAAGGGAGCUAGAAAGAGCCAAGGCUUUGGAGCAGGAGAGGAAGGAGAGAGAAAGGGCUCUUGAACAAGAGAGGCUGCAAAGAGAAAGAGCUCUGGAGGCUGAAAGAAAAGAGAAGGAAAGGUUAGAGAGAGAAAAAGCCUUAGAGCUAGAGAGACUAGAGAGAGAGAGAGCCUUGGAGCAAGAGAGACUAGAAAGAGCCUUAGAGCAAGAGAGACUAGAGAGAGAGAGAGCCUUGGAGCAAGAAAGACUAGAAAGAGAACGAGCCUUGGAGCAAGAGCGUCUAGAGAGAGAAAAAGCCAUAGAGCGAGAGAGAAUCGAGAGGGAAAAGGCCUUGGAGCAAGAGAGAGUUGAGAGAGAGAAAGCCCUAGAGCGAGAGAGAAUAGAAAUGGAAAGAGCUCUAGAGCAAGAGAGAUUGGAGCGGGAGAGAGCCCAAGAACAACAGAGGCUGGAGCAUGAGAGGAAGGAAAAGGAGAGGAUCGAGAGAGAGAAAGCACUCGAGCAAGAAAGGAUAGAGCGGGAAAAAGCCUUAGAACGAGAGAGGGAGGAGAAGGAGAGAUUGGAGAAAGAGGCAGCUCUGGAGCAGGAGAGGAAGGAGAAGGAAAGAGUCGAGAAGGAGAGGAAAGAGAGGAUGGAGAGAGAGAAAGCUCUCGAGCAGGAGAGGCAGGAGAAGGAGAAGGCUCUGGAGAAGGAGAGGCAGGAGAAAGAGAAGGCUCUGGAGAAGGAGAGGCAGGAGAAGGAGAAGGCUCUGGAGAAGGAGAGGCAGGAGAAAGAGAAAGCUCUGGAGAAGGAGAGGCAGGAGAAGGAGAGGCGUGAGAAGGAGAAAGCUCUCGAGCAGGAGAGGCUGGAGAGGGAAAAAGCUCUAGAGCAGGAGAAACUAGAAAGGGAGAGAGCCCUGGAGAAGGAGAGGAAGGAGAAGGAGAGAGCUCUCGAGCAUGAAAGGUUAGAGAAGGAGAAAGCCAUGCAGAAAGAAAAGGAGGAGCAGGAGAGGGCCCAGGAACAGGAGAAAGAGAGAGCUAGGGUGGCUGAAAAGGAGAGGGAGAGUCACCUCCCUCCAUCCAAACGUGGCCGUGAGAUUGGUCUCACCCCCCUGCCCACUCCUCCCCCCCUCUCCACAGGACCAGGUAGAAAGUCUUCAACAGAGGCAGGAGAGCAGGAGGAGGUGGCUGCUCCCAUGUCCCGGAGCGAAGCAGCAGAAUCUGAAACAGCCAUGUCACCAACGCCUCCGCUGUCAUUCAAGAAGUUCCGGUUUUUAAGGGACGCCCCGAUCCAAUCUUCCUCCCCUUCCAUGGUCAUUAAGCGGCCCCGCAGUUUCUCCGACACCCCCAACCCUCGGGCCUCCCCCACCGACGUAGGGGAGCGGCAGAAGGAGGGCCUCCAGGGCUCGGCUCAACAGGAAGACGGACAGAUGCGGACGAAACAGGAGGUUGUUGCCGGGGCACCGGGAUCUGUAACGGCCCACCCUGAGAAGGAGAGCCCCAAAAAAGAAGAGGCGACAAGCUUGGUAGCAGAGGGCAAAGAAAAGGCAGAUUCAGAACAAGCUGCCAAGGAAUCCACCAAAAAGGCAAAAGAAGUGGAUGAAAGCAAGGAGUCGGUGGAUGCUGCCCAGCGGAGGGGAAGAGAUGCAAAGAAGGAAGACAAAGGAGCAAGGCGGAGAUCAUCAUCUAAUGAUUCCUCUUCUUCAGAAUCAGACUCUGGCUCCUCAUCGUCUGGGUCCUCUGGCUCAUCCUCGUCCUCUCAAGAGAAACCCCGCUCCACUUCAAGAGGCAGAAGGGAAGGGAAACCUGAAAGAGAUUCCUCACCACAGCACAGGGUGACACUAAAGGGUCAGGCUGACGGUUUGAAGGAAAUCCCAAAAGCCUCUCCUCACAAAAGAGAGAGGUCGGUAGAGAAGAGCAACACUACGGCGGACGGAGACAGUCACACCAAGAAACCGCUCAUGGAAACACCAACAAGAGAGGAGUCACAAAGGAAGAGCGAGGACAACGAGGGAGAGGAGGAAACAAACAAACAAAGGCAGAUGAAGGAGGCUGCCAUGGCCGAGCCAGAGAAGCUUCCAGAGACCAGCGAGGAGACACCAAAGGCCUUCUCAGCUCGUAAGAUUUCCAUUAGCAGCAGUAAAUCGUCCCCAGGCACUGGCGGUGCAGAGGGCGAGCAGGACUCUGGAGCCACGGCCGGCCGCAAGAGGAGGUGGGGCUCCAGCACGGCGGUCACUGCCAAGAAACCUUCCUUCAGCAUCACCACAGAUUCACUCAAGUCUCUGAUCCCAGACAUCCGUCCGAGUCUUGGGCAGGAGGCCGUAGUGGACCUGCACCCAGAGGAGCCGGUCCUCUCCGGGGCCGAGGAUGAAGAGAGGGAGCGCUCCGACCAGGACCUUCAGAUCCGCCGCACCGUCACACAGGUGGUGCAUUUGGAGAGCCAGGAGAACGGACAGAAGGAGGCGAAGAGGAGCAGACAUGAGGAGUUGGAGGAAGAGGACCCGCAGGGAGACGCAGAGAGGACAAGGGUGCACGAGGAGAAGAUGGACACCCCGUUUCCUGCAGCCAUGGAAACCCAGUCUCCUUCAAAUACCAGCCAUGAUGUAGAAACCAACACUGUGACCCCCAGCGACACCCUCAUCCGUCGCUCCAUCAGCCAGCAGAAAACGGGCGUUUCCAUCACAAUCGACGACCCCGUUCGCACGGCCCGGCAGCCCUCACCACCUCGUGGCAAAGUCUCCAACAUUGUUCACGUCUGCAACCUGGUGAGGCCGUUCACUCUGGGCCAGCUGAAGGAGCUGCUCAGCAGAACUGGCACCUUAGUGGAGGACGGCUUCUGGAUCGACAAGAUCAAGUCUCACUGCUACGUCACUUACUGUAGUCCAGAGGAGGCGGUCGCUACACGGGCAGCUCUUCACGGAGUCAAAUGGCCUCAGAGCAACCCAAAAGUCCUCAGCGUCGACUUCUGCCAGCAGGACGAGCUGGACUUCCACAAAGGCCUGGCCGACAGACCCGGAGCGGAGGACCAGGGGCCCGGGGCCGCCCGCGGCCGGACGGCGGGCCUGCCGUCUCUGCUCCCGGAGCGGGACCAGUGGGCCGAGCGCGAGCGUGAGAUGGAGCGCCGCGAGAAGGCUCGGGCGGAGCGGGAGUGGGACCGUGACAAGGUCCGAGAGUUUGGGAAAGCCGGCGAGGAGAAGGAGGGAGCGCUGAGGAGGUCACGCUCCAGAGAGAGACGCCGCAAGGAGAGAGGGAAGAGCAAGGAGAAAAAGACGGAGAAGAAAGAGAAAGCAGCCGAGGAUCCUCCUGCAAAGCUGCUUGAUGAUCUAUUCCGCAAAACUAAAGCAGCUCCUUGCAUAUACUGGCUUCCACUAACAGACGAACAGUUUGUGCAGCGGGAAAACGCCAGAGCGGAACGGAUGAAGGAGCGCGAGAAGCGGAGGAAGGAGCAGGACGAGGAGGAGGAGAAAAAGAAAGAGGAGGAGCGCAAGGAGAGGACGAAAGCCGGGAGCGGUCCGAGUGGCGAGCGGAGCGAGGGUGAGAAGGAGAAGGAGAGGGACAGAGAGAGGGAGAGAGAAAGAGACCGGGGCAGGGACAGGGACCGCGAGAGGGAGAGGGAGAACGACAAACGCAGGGAUGGCUACCGCCGGCCAGAGGGCCGCGGGGCCGCCGGGGGCCGCCGCUCCCGUAGCCGUAGCGACCCACGGGAACGGCGACGCUAAUGGCCGACCACGGUGGAACUGUCCCUCUUCCAUUUGCCUUUCACUACAUGUACUUUGUUACAACUAAGACCCAACAGGACCAACUGAUGUCGCCACCAUCUCAAAAAAAUUGUCACCUUUUUUAAAGCACAUCUCCACCUACACACAGUCACGCUUAAAGGCUUAAAGGGGACCAUGAUUUUUUUUUUUUGCAGUGUUGUUUCCCAGAGUGCUAUACCGUACGCCGCGCCUCUGUCAAGGUCUGAUAUAUUUUUCUUUUUGCCUCUUUUUUUUUUGUCUUGACGGUUCCGCAGUAUGUAUGGCACCCUGGGGUUUAUUUUUAAAAAUGAUUUCUCUCAAUGUCCCCCCCCCCCCCAUUCAAAAAGUGUAGGUGCCAAUUAUGAUUUGCAAUCAAUUUGUCGUCGCCUCAGUGUUUUUAACAGCUCCGAGAUCUGGAGGAGGAAUCCUUUUGUUGCUGCAUGUAGUCCAAGGCUCUCCUUGCCGGUCCUGCCUAAAGAGAAAACUCUCACCUCUGUGCAGAGGCUUGCAUAAAUCUGAAAAUAAUGGAAUAGGUGUGUUUGGCAUUUUUUUGUACAGACCUAUAAGAUAAACUCAAAAUCAAGUCUUUAAAUGAGGCAGCUCUGGGGCGUUGUUGGAGCGGUGUGGAAUAACUACUAAGGCAAUGCAGUGUUUCCUCUAUUUAGUUAAGAGACGCUUCUCUGUGGGGGAGAAUCAUGUCUGUCACACCUGACGCAGGUUAUAAUUAUGUCCUUAUCAUCGAUUCUCUCUCUUCUUCCUCUCUUCCUUUUUUUUCCUCCGUUUCUCUUACCCUGUAGUGUCGAUACAGGCCCGAGAGAGGCGGAGGUCGCAUUAUGAGUUCUCACCAAUGGUUUUAAUAUUGUUUUUUAAUCUUUUAUUUUAUCAUUUUAGUACAAAGGUUUGUUUUUUUGUUUUGUUCUGUUUGUUUUUUAAUUUCUUCUUUGAGUACGCCUAUCAGUGGUGAAUGUACAAAUAAUAAAAAUUGAAAUUUGAAA